AUGUCGGAUAUUAUCCUUACACUGAAAAAGAGCGUCAUUCGACGGUAUCGUGCAUCAGAUGCCGACGCAAUUGUUCGCGGCGCAAAUACACAUCUCGUCUCUCAAUACAUGUCAGAUGCAUUUCCGAGCCCAUACACGCUUGAAAGCGCUGAAAGAUGGAUCAAAAUCGCCAGCGAAGAAGGAGCCCUUGAGUUCGCAAUUUGCACUCUCGACAGUAACGCUGUUAUUGGCAGUUGCGGAUUUCAGCAUCUGAAGGGCGUGGAAUCAAGAACAAAACUUCUUGGAUACUGGUUGUCGCCAGAUUAUUGGGGUCAAGGAAUCAUGACGGAAGCCAUCGCCGAAUUAAGUCGAUGGGUAUUCGAGCAGGCCCCUACACUACUAAGACUGCACGCCAGCGUUAUCGAAGAAAAUGAAGGAAGCAUGAAAGUCUUGAAGCGAGUGGGUUAUCAGUAUGAGGGCACCAAACGUAUGGCAGUUUAUAAAGAUGGGAAGAUAAGCAAUAUUGCCAUGUUUGGAUUCACCAGAGACGAUUACACCAAGAUGGCUGGGAAGGAGAACAAAAACUGA